GAGAUCUUGGUAUAAAAACUGAACAGUCCGUUGGUUAGACAAUUCAGUCAAGUUCAAGACAAAUCAGAAACAUGUUGAAGAUCAGCUCUUCGUUGGUGGUGCUGUUGUCGCUCUGCGCCUGCAGUUACGCCCAAUACCAGUAUCCCCAGCAGCGCCCGGCCCUAGAAACAGCCCCAGCAGCCGGAGGUGAGCCCACUGGCGGGCCUGUGGAAAAUCGUAUUAUACCCCUGGGUGGUCUGCUCGGCGGAGGAGGAGGAGGAGGCGGCUUACUCGGUGGCGGCGGAGGGGGGGGUGGCCUGUUUGGCAACCUGUUGGGUGGUCUUUUGGGCGGAAACAAUGCUCGCCCACCGCCACCAGCGCCAGCGCCAUACCCAGUACCUGUUCCCUCGUACGGAGAAGGAUUCGGCGGCGGGUAUCCUGGCGGAUUUGGAGGCGGAUACGGCGGCGGAUAUCCUGGCGGAUUUGGAGGCGGCUAUACAGGUGGCUACCCAGGCGGAUUUGGAGGUGGUUAUGGCAAUCCCUAUGGCGGCUACUACGGCUAGAAGGCGUUGUUUUUCGGUCAGCCCUUGACUACUCCAAGUAUUACCCGCUGUUAAAAAUGUUUUCGAGAUAGUUUUAAGUUGUUG